AUGAACGCCUGGCGUAACAAUGAAAUUGGUGCCUUCAUCAAUGCUGAUGAUAAAUUAAAACAAAACUCUGGAAUGGCAAAACCAAAAGGUUCAAAACGAGCGUUUGGAAACAUACUUGAAUGCAAGAAUGCGUUUAAAAUACUUACAGUAGAGGAUGAUAGUGACCAUACUGAUAAUGACAAACAAGAAACUGUCGGGGAAGGUUUGAGUACCGGUACUCAAGUAGCUGAGGAGGAUGUCACUGUUGAAUGUAAUGUGAUCAAUGAAUAAGAGCCUAACCGGAAAGACUCGGGUACACAGAUGAUAGAAGGUAAGCCAGAGUUACCACAAAAUAACCAUAAUGAUCCCCAAAACAACAUGAACUUAGAUCGAGAAAGCCAAAUUGUUAUUAUUGGGGACUCAAUAAUCAAACAUAUAAUACCGAAAAAAAUAUCGAGUAGGAAUGUUACGAAAAUAACCUUUCCGGGCAAAACAGUUGAUGAAAUAUCUAACAAAUUAGACCAAAUCAAGUUAAAAUCAACACCGUCCCACAUUAUAAUUCACGCUGGAACAAAUAAUCUGCCUGUUGACACAGCAGAAACCUGUGCUGAAAAAGUUGGGCAAUUAGCUUCUAAAUUAAAAACUAAAUUUCCAACAUCAAGAAUUGGAAUAUCAAGCAUUGUUACCCGGGAAGACUGUGACCUAACAGACAAAAUAAGGAAAACAAAUUCACUAAUUGCCCAAACGUGUUUAAAUCAAGAUUAUGGUUUUAUAAACAAUGAGAACAUUGAUAGGACUACCUUAAACGGUAGCAAGAUCCACCUAAACGCUAAAGGGUCUGCCUAUUUAGCUGUCAAUUUCAUUAAAUUUAUUCGAGAAGCAAUAAAACGACCACCCAAACAAGAACAAGGCAAGGAAACAGUAGGUUUGGUCAGAAUUUUCAGACAAGCCAACUAUUACAGCUGGGGAACUUUUUAACAUCUCUAGCCAUAUCAGCCACCCAACACCCGAAUCGCAGCAUGAUGAAGAUGUAACCUGCCAAUUCAAACGGAUGGGAAAACUAAAAGGUCUGAAACUUGGUAGUCUAAAUAUCAAUAGUCUAUUAAAAAAUAUUGAACAUAUUUGUUAUAUUUUAUCACAGUAUUCCUUUCACAUCUUUGCUAUUAACGAAACAAAAAUUGUUUCAUUAGUAAAUGACUAUGAAAUAAGUAUACCAGGUUAUAAACUAGUUAGAAGAGAUAGAAAUAGAAAUGGAGGUGGUGUUGCAAUAUAUGUUAAAGAACACCUCUCCAUUUUGGUUAGCAAUGACUUAGUUACAAAUAAUCUGGAAAUGAUCUGUAUCGAAAUUAAUCAACCUUUCAACAGGUCAUUUCUAGUUAGUACAUGGUAUAGACCACCUAAUUCAAGUACGGAUGUAUUUGAUGCAUAAGACAUUUUUCUUCUUAAUUGCGAUGCUGAAAACAAAGAACUAAUCCUAUUAGGAGAUAUAAACUGUGAUGUUGCUAAAUCCCCACCAGAAGCGCAUACAAUUAGAUUUCAAUCUUUAAAUUCAUUAUACAUAUAUAUAUCUGCUACUAUAAUUGACCUUAUCCUGACAAAUGUUCCUGAAAAAAUUUCUCAUGCUGGCGUCUUUCACGUUGGUAUAUCAGAUCAUAGCCUAAUAUAUGCAGUUCACAAAUUCAAACCACUUAAACGAAGGCCGACUAUUAAAAAAGUUCGUAAUUUUAAACACUUUUCUGAAACAGAAUUUAUAUCCGACCUAACCAAUAUUCCUUGGCAAACUGUGUUCAGAACAAGUGAUCCAAACUUGAGUUGGAAUAAGUGGAAGGAACUAUUUAUCGGAACACUAGAUAAACAUGCUCCUGUUAGACAUAUAAGAUCAGGGAAACACACCACUCCGUGGAUGACAGCGGAAAUAAGGUCAGCUAUGAGAAGAAGAGACUACCAUAAGAAAAAGGCCAUAAAAUUGAAAUCUGAUUCACAUUGGCAUAAUUAUAAGAGUUUGCGUAAUAAAGUUAAUAAACUAAUACGUGAGACAAAAUCUACUUUCUAUAUCAACAAAAUAUCUGAAUGUGCAGAAACUAAGGAUUUAAAAAAAUGCUGGUCUACAAUAAAUUCCCUGCUAGGGAAACAAAAUAAAUCCAAUUAUAUUAGUGAGCUCAAAGUUGGUGAAAAUGUCAUCACAGACCCUAAUCUCAUUGCGGAGCAUUUUAAUACACACUUCAUCAACAUUGGAGUGUACCCUGAUGGAAAUGAUACGCCAAACGAAUGUGGAGAAAAUCUUGAUUUCUCUGACACAAACAUCCAUUCCCAAACUAAUAAUAAAUUUAAUUUUUCUCUCAUUAAGGUUGAUAGUGUCCUCUGUAAUUUGAAACACCUUAAAGCAAAUAAAUCCACUGGCCUAGAUGCCAUCCCAGCGAAAAUACUAAAACUAGCUGCCCAUAUUAUUGCCCCUUCCUUAACGUAUAUUUUUAAUUUAUCUCUUCAAAGCGGUAUUUAUGUUAACGAUUGGAAACGAGCUCGAGUAAUUCCUAUCUUCAAAUCUGAAGAUAAAAGUAAAUGUGAAAAUUAUAGACCCAUUUCUAUUUUGUCAAUUGUAAGUAAAGUCUUUGAAAAAGAAGUGUUUAGGCAAGUGUAUACGUACGUGAAUGAAAGUAAUCUUCUCUCAAAGUAUCAAUCUGGCUUUCGGCCACAACACUCAACCUUAUCAGCCCUCAUUAAAAUAUGUGACGAAAUCUUAAAUAACAUGGACGAGGGGAAAAUAAACUGUAUAGUAUUUUUAGACAUACGGAAAGCUUUUGAUUCAAUAAAUCACAAUAUUUUAUUAAGUAAAAUGAGAUCUAACUUUGGCAUUAGCGGUAAUGAAUUACUCUGGUUUGAAUCAUACCUAACGAAUAGGGAACAACAAUGA